GUAGCACCGGUAUCCACACAGAGAGUGAGAGAGAGAGAGGGAGGGAGAGAGGUGGAGAUGGGGUUGUGUGACAGCCUGUUACAGAAAAUGAUCAAUCCCUGAACGAGGCGGGAGGGUCACUUGAUAUCGUCUCCUUCUCAGCGGCUGACAGGGAGAUGCUCACUGCUGUCCAGAUGACUUUACAAGCUGUGCGUCGCGUCUGCGCGUAGAAUAAAUUAACCGGCAGUUUAUCUCGCUGUAUUUGUCGUCCACACUCAUUUAGCCCACUGACUGACUCACUGACUGAGACGCGGGACGUUUCUCCCAAUAUUCAAGCGAAAUAACCGGAUCUGCGCUACUUAUGAAUGAGUCUCCUGCUAUUUCAAGGUUAUCUGCAACAUAGAAGUCCAGACUGUCUGGACUACAUCUAAGACUGCUGUAUAGUGAUCAGCCCUUGGCAGCUACAAACCAGAAUGAUGUGAAGAUCACUUGAGGAGAACAAGACCCCACUUGAGCUGAUCUUUUCUCUGGACAAUCCUGCUACUUGUUGACACACAAUCCUGUUUGUCUGAGCUCAAUACUUUUCAGAGCCACGUGGGGAUGGGAACGUGCUUGUAUAAAGGAUGGACUUACUGCGGCCUCACUAAAGGUCACGGUCCUCUAAAGGUCAUGUCAUGGCCCCUGGCACUGUGGCUAUUGACUCUAAUCUCUGUGAAUCAAAAGAUGACUCUAGGACAGACUAUGAACACCUUCCAAUCAGAGAGGAGGGAGUGGUCGCUGAACCACUUGACUGUGCAUCAGUCUACUGGGGCUUUGUACAUUGGAGCUGUCAAUCGAAUUUACAAGUUGUCUUCUAAUCUAACCCUCCUGGUGUCUCACGAUACAGGACCAGAGUAUGACAACAAAGCAUGUUAUCCUCCACUAAUUGUCCAGCCCUGUUCUGAGCCUUUGGCCUCCACUGACAAUGUUAACAAAUUGUUGCUUAUCGACUACUCUCACAACCGGCUGCUGGCCUGUGGCAGCCUCUACCAGGGCGUCUGUAAGCUGAUGAGGCUGGAUGAUUUGUUCAUCCUUGUGGAGCCCACGCAUAAGAAAGAGCACUACCUGUCCAGUGACAACCAGACUGGGACGAUGUAUGGAGUUGUUGUACCCUCUCAGGGUCAGGAUGCGACUUUAUACAUCGGCACUGCCGUAGGCGGAAAACAGGACUAUUUUCCAACUAUCUCCAGCCGAAAGCUGCCUCGUGACCCAGAAUCCUCCGCCAUGCUGGACUAUGAGCUUCACACUGAUUUUGUUUCGUCUCUGAUUAAAAUCCCCUCAGACACACUGGCUCUUGUGCCACACUUUGACAUCUACUACAUCUAUGGCUUUGCCAGCAGCAGCUUUGUCUACUUCAUGACUGUCCAGCCGGAGACUCCAGAGAACGGGAUGCCUGCAGGUGGCUCCCCUGGCGACCUCUUUUACACAUCCCGCAUCAUCCGCCUGUGCAAAGGUGACAAGAAGUUCCACUCGUAUGUGUCACUUCCUGUGGGGUGCAUUCACAGAGGCGAGGAAUACCGUCUGCUGCAGGCAGCUUACCUGUCCAAGGCCGGCAGGGUUCUGGCUAAGUCGCUCAACAUUAGUGCUCAAGAGGAUGUGCUCUUUGCUGUGUUCUCGAAAGGACAGAAGCAGUACCACGACCCUCCAGAUCACUCUGCUCUCUGCAUCUUCACCAUCCAGGACAUCAACACCCGCAUUAAGGAGCGGCUGCAGUCCUGCUACCAAGGAGAAGGAAAUCUGGAGUUGCACUGGCUGCUGGGAAAGGACGUGCAGUGCACCAAGGCGCCUGUUCCCAUUGAUGAUCACUUCUGCGGUCUGGAUAUAAACCAGCCCCUGGGGGGUUCCCAGCUGGUGUCAGGUCGGACAGUGUUCACUGAGAGCAGGGACAGGCUGACCUCUGUCACUUCCUACAUCUACGGUGGACACAGUGUGGUCUUCCUGGGCACCAGGAGUGGACGACUUAAGAAGAUCAGGGUGGACAGCCCUCUGGAAGGAGGAGUGCUGUACGAGACAGUGACUGUGAUGAAGGAUAGCAGUCCCAUCCUCCGGGACAUGGCCUUCUCCCUGGACAGGAACUCUCUCUAUGUCAUGUCUGGCAAGCAGGUGGCUCAAGUUCCUGUGGAGGCCUGUGAGCAGUACAGUACAUGUGCUGAGUGUCUGAGCUCUGGUGACCCCCACUGUGGCUGGUGCGUCCUGUAUAACAUGUGUUCGAGAAGAGAUCGGUGUCAACGGGCAGACGAAGCCUUCCAUUUUGCGACAGACAUUGACCGCUGUGUGAAGGUUAUUGCUCACCCAGACAGCAUCGCUGUAUCAGCACAUAGUGUCCCUCUUCUACUUGAGGUGAACAAUGUUCCAGACCUUUCUGCUGGUAUUACUUGUUCAUUUGGCCAGCAGGCUGAAUUGGAGGGUCAUGUGAAGGGGAACAGGGUUAUGUGUCUUUCCCCAGCCGGAAAAGAUGUUCCCCAGAUACCAGAGGGACAAGACUGGGCUGGGGUAGAGCUUCGUCUGAAUUCAAAGGAGACGGGUCAAAUGGUCGCCAGCACGGAGGUGAAAUUCUACAACUGCAGCACACAUAAAAUGUGUCUGUCCUGUGUAAACAGCACUUUUCGCUGUCACUGGUGUAAAUACCGCAACCUGUGCACACACGACCCAAGCAGCUGUUCUUUCCAGGAGGGCAGAGUCAAUGCCUCAGAGGCAUGUCCUCAGCUUCUUAACUCUGGAGAAAUUCUCAUUCCGGCUGGUGAGGUUCGACCCAUUACCCUGAGGGCUCGGAACCUUCCUCAGCCACAGUCGGGCCAGCGGGGCUAUGAGUGUGUGGUGAAUGUGCAGGGUGUCAGCCACCGUGUCACGGCGCUCCGCUUCAACAGCACCAGUGUGCAGUGCCAGAACAGCUCGUACAUGUACGAGGGUGUGAAGAUCAGUGACCUGGCAGUGGACCUCUCCAUUGUAUGGAACGGCAAUUUCAUCAUUGACAAUCCAGAGAAGAUUAAAGUGCAUCUCUACAAAUGCAGUGCCCUGCGGGACAGCUGUGGCAUGUGUCUGCGGGCAGAGAGGAAGUUCCAGUGUGGCUGGUGUAGUGGUGAGGGCCGGUGCACCAUGAAGCAGCACUGCCCUCCCAUUUCCCCUUACGCUAGCCGCUGGCUGGAUCUUUCUGCCAGGAAUGUCAAAUGUACCAACCCACGCAUCACGGAGGUGAACCCAGUUGCUGGACCUUUGGAAGGGGGCACACUGGUGACAAUCCAGGGCUUGAACCUAGGUCUGUCCUUCUCUGAGCUGGUUGGUAACGUGGAAGUGGCAGGAGUGCAGUGCACACCACAGGAGGAGGGAUACAUCACUGCAGAACAGAUUGUAUGUGAGAUGGCUGCAGCUCCUGAAGGAAGUACUCCAGGUCCAGUUAUGCUGUGUGUUGGUGAAUGUAGACCAGAGCUACGAGCACAAUCUUCCCAGCUCUACUCCUUUGUGACCCCUGCAAUGUUGGCACUGACUCCAGGCCGAGGACCUGAAUCUGGGGGCACCAAGGUCACUGUAGUCGGGGAGAAUCUAGGGGCUGGCAGUACUGUUAAUGUGUACUUUGGUAAUCAGACAUGCGAGCUAUACAGGAGGACCAAGUCGGAGAUUGUGUGCUUCUCUGCUCCAUCGGUGACUGGAGCGGGGCCAGUACAAGUCAGUUUGAGUGUUGACCGCGCCAAGGUUCCUGGAAGCCUGACCUUUGAGUACAUAGAAGACCCCACAGUACAGCGCAUUGAGCCCCUGUGGAGCAUUACCAGUGGACACACCACUCUGACCGUGACUGGCACCAAUCUGGAUGUAGUUCAGGAACCACGCGUCAGAGUCAAAUAUGCUGGACAUGAAUCUGUCAAUGUGUGCAAAGUUCUGAACACAACCACCAUCAGCUGCUUCGCUCCAUCUCUGAAGAUGGAGUACACCACAGACCAUGAGACAGUGAAACAUGUGGAUGAGUUUGGAUUUGUCUUCAACAAUGUCCAAGCUCUGCUCACCUAUAACAACACAAGCUUUAUCUACUACCCCAACCCUUACCUGGAGCCCCUCAGCCUUUCGGGUGUUUUGGAGCAGAAACCUGGAGCUCCCAUCAUACUCAAAGGACGUAACCUGGUGCCAUCUGCAUCUGGUGGAGCUAGGCUCAACUACACGGUGCUGAUCGGGGAUACACCUUGUUCUCUUACUGUGUCGGACACUCAGUUACUCUGUGAGCCACCAAACCUCACCGGGCAACACAAAGUUCUGGUUCAAGUCGGCGGACUCCACAUCUCUCCAGGAGAGGUUCACAUCCGAUCUGACAGCCUGCUCACCCUUCCUGCUAUCCUCAGUAUCACAGCUGGAGGAGGGCUGCUCCUCAUCAUCGUUGUAAUAGUUCUGCUGGCCUACAGACGGAAGUCACAUGAGAACGACCUCACUUUGAAGCGCCUGCAGAUGCAGAUGGACAAUCUGGAAUCCAGAGUGGCUCUGGAGUGCAAAGAGGCCUUUGCAGAACUACAGACUGACAUCAAUGAAUUAACCAGUGAUCUGGACAGAGCCGGCAUUCCCUACUUGGACUAUCGCACUUAUGCCAUGAGAGUUCUCUUCCCCGGUAUUGAUGAUCAUCCUGUCCUCAGAGAAUUGGAGGUGCCAGGGAGCGGACAGGCGAAUGUGGAGAAAGCCUUGAAGCAGUUUGCUCAGCUGGUGAAUAAUAAGGUUUUCCUGCUGACAUUCAUACGCACACUGGAGCUGCAGCGCUCCUUCUCCAUGCGUGACCGCGGCUACGUUGCCUCGCUCAUCAUGACCGCUCUGCAGGGACGGCUGGAGUACGCCACAGACAUCCUGAAACAUCUGCUCUCAGAUCUUAUAGAACGCAAUCUGGAGAGCAAGAACCACCCCAAACUACUCCUCCGCAGAACAGAGUCAGUGGCAGAGAAGAUGCUGACAAACUGGUUUGCUUUCUUGCUCCACAAAUUUCUCAAGGAGUGUGCUGGCGAGCCUCUCUUCAUGCUGUUCUGUGCCAUCAAACAGCAAAUGGAGAAAGGACCCAUAGACUCCAUCACAGGAGAGGCACGCUAUUCCCUGAGUGAAGACAAACUCAUCCGCCAGCAGAUUGAAUACAAGACGCUGACGCUGAGCUGUGUGAACCCCGACAAUGAGAACAGCCCAGAAAUCCCUGUCAAGGUGCUCAACUGUGACACCAUUACCCAGGUGAAGGAGAAGAUCCUGGAUGCAGUGUACAAGAACAUGCCGUACUCACAGCGGCCACGGGCUACAGACAUGGAUCUAGAGUGGCGGCAGGGCAGAACAGCUCGUGUGGUUCUGCAGGAUGAGGACAUCACAACAAAGAUAGAGAGCGACUGGAAGAGACUCAACACCCUCAUGCACUACCAGGUAUCUGAUCGCUGUGUGGUGGCCUUGGUGCCCAAACAGAUGUCCUCUUUCAACAUUCCUUCUUCAGCCAGCUUCCCACGCAGUAUCAGCAGAUAUGGUGUGGAUGUAUCGUUCCGUUCCACCCCCACCAGCCCCGACAGCCCCCACUCCCGUGUGCCUAUGCUGACCCCCGACCUGGAGAGUGGUGUCAAAGUUUGGCACUUAGUCAAGAACCAUGACCACGGGGACCAGAAAGAGGGCGAGCGAGGCAGCAAGAUGGUGUCUGAGAUCUACCUGACACGGCUACUAGCAACAAAGGGAACGCUGCAGAAGUUUGUGGACGAUUUAUUUGAGACCCUGUUCAGCACUGUGUGUCGAGGCACUGCUUUGCCUCUCGCAAUUAAAUACAUGUUUGACUUCCUGGAUGAGCAGGCUGACAGACAUGGCAUCCAUGACAUGGACGUCCGCCACACAUGGAAGAGCAACUGCCUUCCCCUCCGCUUCUGGGUAAAUGUGAUCAAGAAUCCCCAGUUUGUGUUUGACAUCCAUAAAAGUAGCAUCACAGAUGCCUGUUUGUCUGUGGUGGCCCAAACCUUCAUGGACUCUUGCUCAACAUCCGAACACCGUCUGGGAAAAGACUCUCCCUCCACCAAACUACUUUAUGCCAAGGACAUACCACAUUACAAAAGCUGGGUAGAAAGGUACUAUGCUGACAUCAACCGCCUGCCUGCCAUCAGUGAUCAGGAUAUGAAUGCCUAUCUGGCUGAACAGGCUCGCCUUCACUCCAGUGAGUUCAAUGUGCUCAGUGCCCUCCAUGAGAUCUACGCAUAUGUCAGCAAAUACAGCCAAGAGAUCAUUGAAGCACUGGAGCAGGAUGAACAGGCCCAAAAGCAGAAGCUGGCGUAUAAAGUGGAGCAGAUCAUCUCAGCUUUGUCCAUAGAGAGCUGAGAAACAUACACGUUCCUAAAUACUUCCAUAUACACACAUAAACACAUUCUGUAUGCACACAUGAUACACAGACACUAAAAUAUACCAUAACAGGGGAGUUAUACACACAUAUGCCUCUCGGAUGUGGAAAUUAACCGACUUCUGGUAUGCAUGUGCGGAUAUAUUCAAUCGCACAUACACACAAACUGUUGUGCACAGAGAAACUGCAGUUUUAAUGGACCUACUGUAUACAAACUGACAGUUACACGUGGAUAAAUACACGCGUACAAAUGUACAUACGCAAACCACAUAACACAUCAAACAGCAGAACAUCCCAAAGCAAGACUUUUGAAUCCAAUGUCAUUUUUUCAGAAGAAAUUCCAAAAGGCAAACAUCCAACUUCUAAAACACUACUAUAGAGGGAGAGAGAAGGAGGAUUUAGGCCAUCACGGCUGCUGAAUUUUCCGCCAAUUCUUUUCCGCUGGGUAAUGGUUUGCCUUUGUAGUCGGUGGUUAUAGUAAGUGUGUGUGUGGCAUGGCUCUGAAGAGAACACCACUUAAUAAAGAAUGACUCAACUUGAAAAGUCACUGAGGGAGCUCAAAGACAGGAGCCAAUUUAAUGGGACAAGACUCAAAGUUCUGUCAAAUAUGAAGGACACUUAUUCGCAUGACAUAUCACAAACCUGGAGUGACAUCGCCAUUUGUUGCCGUUUGGAGCAGAGAUGUGCAUCUUUGUUUCAAGUCUUUCGUCUGGGUUUUUAAAGGCUUAAGAGAGAGAACACUUAAGAUUCGAGCAAAAUUACUUUUUAUUUUGGUACUUGAGGAUUUCCAUCAUAUGUGACAUAAAACAUCAUAUUUUUUUUCAUUUAAUGAUGAUUGUCUGAACUACUGGGUUUUGAAAGCAGUAUACAACAGAUUUGUCACUUAUAGGUUUAGGGUCUGGCUGUUUAAUAAUCCAACACCAAGACAUCAUUACUUUCCAAUUUGAAAUAUGUGUAGAUAUUUUCAGACCCAGUCCCUGGCUCUUCGUGCCAAAUAUAAUAUAUCUCAUGUUUCAUUCAUAUUAAACGCUCCUGUAGAAGCUAUUAAUAAUACAUGCCAUUGUACGGAAAAGAUCCCAUUUGAGAUAGGAAAUUUUUUUUGCAGUGAUGAUCAAUAGACCAGUAAUUCAGCCAUUCAAAGAUAAGUGGGGACCAAAUUGAACUGCAGUAGAAAGCAUGAUUAAUGAUGCUAUAAGCCUGAAAGUGGAUCAGAUUAGCCUAACCCUGGCCAUAAGCACCCACCCUUCCAGUCUCAUCAGUCAUUGUUUACAUUUAGCGUGAUACUUGAAAUGCACUCGGUGUACAAGAUACCAAGAACACCUGCAGCUCCUGUCAAGUAAUCUGGUCAAACUAGAUUAGAUAAAGGCCUUGAUGCUUUUUUGAUUUACCAAAUGAAUCCACUUUGAGCAUAAUGUGGAAACUAAAUGCAGGUUAAAAGCUGAAGUCUGAUUUUUUUCACCUUCAAACCAGGCGAUCUGGAUCGGGAUUCAGCUCAGUGUAAAGCAGGUGCUCCUUAUAUUUCUUAACCAGAGUGGAUAUAUGAUUAACGGUAUAUGUGACUGGUCCAGCAGUGGGUUCUUGUAAAGUCUGUUUGUAGCUUCACAGCACUAGUGACGCUUUAUAUCCUUACUGUUUUCGUGCUUUAACGUAGAAUUCACGUUUUAUUCCAGUUUUAUUUUGCAUUCCAGUGUACACUUUACCUGAUUGCUCGUUGUCCCCCCUGCUCCUGUAGUUAUAGUGCCAUAUCUAAACUUUAAAAUAAUUAUCUAAACUUCAAAAUAACUGUUAAAAAAAAAAAAAAAAAUCAAUCUGAGACAUCACCACUACUUCACUACUUCACAGUUUUAGUUCCGAUUGGUUGUUUCAUCCAUUUACAAUGAGGAAACAUAAAUGCCUUUUUAUGCUUGAGGCUUCCUAUAAGGUCUCUGGAAGUAUUACUGCUAUCUUCUUAACAUUUCAGUACAUUUAUCCCCCGCAAGACCUUGAAUCAUGUUAUCUACAAGAACAAGAUGAACUACGAUAAAUAAUAAGUACAUUUCCUGUUAAAUGUUGAAAUAUGACAGAAUUCAUCUGUUUCAUGUGUGGUUUGAUGAUGAUAAUUUAUAAAUGUGUUGUGCAAUAAACUGUCAGAUGUUUAAGCUGUAAUGUUUUUUUAAACUAUAUAUUACUGUAUAAAUACUGUACAUAAAAAACACUCCUAUUUUGCAAGCAAAAGAUUCACUUUGUACUGUUGUUAUACAUUAAAUGCGCAGCUAAUGAAAAAGA